GCUGUAAGAAUCUCGUUCAGUCAGUCCUGGGCGUCACGGCGCGGUGGGUGUGUGUCGAGUACCUUGCGUCCAACUCUGGAGGAAACGAUCGUUAUAUCGAAUUCGGUGGUAAAAGGUGCUGACGUUAAGAAAGAUUGUGUAUUUUUAAAGAUUGUUUACACAAGUGUUAGGGUGCCACACGUGUCGAGCAGCACAGGUGUCAACAUCGUCCAGCAGAAUGCCGCCGUUAGUUCCACUACAGCUGGUGUCUCGAGUUGUCCAACAGACACUGGGGGCUCCACUCCGCCACUCCACACGGGGGUUCCUCCUACACCCUCUCAGAUCUUCCUCCUCCUCGGCAGCUAAGCCCGUGGUCACACAUACUGGGGAAACCGCUACCACUACACCCAUACCAGAGAUAACAGAUGUGUACCCACACCUGCGGACACAUGACAGCAUAUACCAGUUCUCGCUGGAGCAGCCGGAGGAGUUCUGGGGGCGGCUGGCUCGCUCGCGGCUGGAGUGGCAGAAAGAGUUCAAGACGGUGACGGACCACGAUCGCCAUCAUUACCAUUUCAGGUGGUUCCCCGACGGCCAGCUGAACGCGUCAGUGAACUGUGUGGACCGUCAUGCCAGGCGUCACCCAGACCGUGUGGCGCUACUCUGGGAGAAGGAUGAGCCAGGGCAGGAGGAACGCAUCACCUACAGGGAGCUGCAGGACCUGGUGUGUAAGAUGGGGAACGUCCUGAAGGAUAGCGGUGUUCGGCGCGGCGACCGGGUGGCUCUCUACCUGCCAGUGUCACCACUCGCUGUUGCCGCUAUGCUCGCCUGCGCCAGGAUAGGAGCCGUCCACUCCGUCGUGUUCGCUGGGUUCUCGGCUGAAGCUCUCGCCUCCAGGAUACAGGAUGCUGGGGUGGAGACAGUCAUCACAGCCGACCAGGCAGUGCGUGGGGGCAAACUUAUCCAGCUGAAACAGGUGGUGGACGCUGCCGUGGAGAAGUGUCCCUCCAUCAAGCGGGUCCUGGUGGGCACACGCACCGGUGCCCAGGUCAAGAUGGGGCCAAAGGAUAUCGCCUUAUCCCAGGCCCUGAGCAGUGCCUCAACAGAGUGUCCCCCAGCUGUGCAGAAUGCAGAGGACUUGCUAUUCUUGCUGUACACUUCAGGCAGCACGGGCUCCCCCAAGGGCGUGGGGCAUUCAACAGCAGGCUACCUCCUCUAUGCCGCCACCACACACAAACACGUCUUCGACUACCGGGAGGGGGACGUGUUUGGCUGUGUGGCAGAUAUUGGCUGGAUCACCGGGCAUUCCUACGUGGUGUACGGCCCCCUGGCAAACGGCGCUACUACCCUGCUGUUCGAAAGUACCCCCUCCUAUCCCAACCCAGGUCGGUACUGGGAGAUGGUGGAGCGGCUACGUCUGACACACUUCUACUGUGCUCCGACUGCGCUGCGCCUCUUGCUGCGUUAUGAGGACGACUUCGUGCUGCGCCACGACCGCUCCUCCCUGAGGGUGUUGGGAUGUGUGGGUGAACCUCUGAACCAUGAGGCCUGGCACUGGUUCAACGACAUGGUGGGAGAAAAGCGCUGCGUCCUCACUGACACCUGGUGGCAGACAGAGACGGGAGGCAUCAUGAUCAGCCCACGACCCUCUGCCCCUGAUGCACCUGUCUAUCCAGGAAUGCCCAUGAGGCCCAUGUUUGGAGUGAAUCCAGUGUUGUGUGAUCCCAAUGGAAAGGUGGUCGAAGGGCUGGGUGUGGACGGUGCCCUGUGUGUGAAUUCCGUAUGGCCCGGCAUCUCCCGCACUGUCUAUGGUGACCACAAGCGCUAUGUUGACACCUACUUUAGUCCCUACCCAGGAUAUUACUUCAGUGGUGAUGGUGGCUUGAGGGACAAGGAUGGUUACUACCACAUCACAGGCCGUAUGGACGAUGUCAUCAACGUGACCGGUCACCGCCUGGGCACAGCUGAGGUGGAAGAUGCUAUGAUGGAGCACCCAGAGGUGGCAGAGACAGCAGUGGUUGGGUUCCCUCAUGACAUCAAGGGCGAGGGAGUGUUUGCCUUCAUUGUGCUCAAGAAAGACCUCCACUCGACCCAGGAGGAGAUUAUCUCGGACCUGAAAAAGCUCGUCAGAACACAAAUUGCUGGAUACGCUGUGCCUGAGGUUACGCUGGUGUGUCCUGGCCUGCCCAAAACCCGCUCAGGUAAGAUCAUGAGGCGGAUCCUGAGGAAGGUGGCUGCCAACAAACCUGAAGAGCUAGGGGACAUCUCCACUCUGGCAGACCCCUCUGUCGUCAAGGCUAUUGUCGAUAUCUUCAAUGCCCACCGCACCCACUGACAUAACCUGUACGCCCACUAACGUUAUAUGACAUGUUGUUUAGUAGCAUAUGCACAGUCACUGUAGAACUUUCACACCCAUGAAGAGGACACGUAAAUAAAUUUCUGGAACUAAUAUCCCUAUGGACAAAACUUGCAGAACUUUAUACUGUAUCUGUAACCAUGGCAUACACAACAAUUUUAAUACCUGUAUGUUCACAGGUUACACACACACAGCCAUUUACUGAACUUUACCGAAGGAGAAGUAAACACACCCUGUAAACAGAUCCCUGUGCACCUACUAACAAGUUGUAGAUUGUUACUGACAAAUAUUCCAUGUUUACUGAAUCGUCCACGUCCUCUGACUUUACAAAAAUGUCCACUCGUGAGUUUUUAUUUCAUCUCGGACACAGUCUAGAGUUCUCCUGGACUUACUUUACUACUGACGAAUACCAGUCUCGCCCAUUAACAUUCCAGUGAAGUGUUUUGCUCUCUUAUCUGCCAACUUUCUCGCCCACAAGAUGACGCCACACACAUUCAUGCCCCGACUCAUGUCUCCCAUAACCAAUCUCACUCACUCAUACCUACCCAUAAACUCCUCAUAACCACUCACUCCCGCCACACUCAUCCUUCAUACUCACAAACCUACCGUAUCCCAUUUGUGCAGUGUAGUUAAGCAAUACAACACUCUUGACCCAUGGCACCCGCCUCCUACACACAUACAUACCUACAACACUUGUUUUUAUGACUCGAUGAGCUAAAACUGUUGAUCACUAUGUAAGGUAAUUUGGCAGCUGAGUCAGCAGGUGUACAAGGAUCAACACUGACCGUUGGGAAAACUGAGGCUCGACACUGACUACAGUUCAUUUGUAGACAAGUUUUACCGAGUUGCACUCCAGUACAGUACAGUAAUUCUUUACAGUGUAUGACAUAAAUCAUGAUACAUCUUGUGUGGGUAUAUACUGUCCCCUUUAUCUAGGACCUGUUCUGUUUUAACAAGCUUUAAUUUAGAUAUGUGUGGAAUCGUCUUUAAUAUUACGAUUGUAUCCAAUGGUAUUUUCUACUAGAAAGGCUCAGAUUAUAGUAAAAACACUGAUCAAAUAUAAUAUUCAAGGCAGAUAGAAGUGCAGCAUAAGCAAGCCUUAUUUAAGCGACAGUUUUUCAUAUAAAUGGCAGAAAUAUACAUAGGUAGGUGUGUGUGUGUGUUUGUGUUUGUUUGUGUGUUACAUAAGAAGGUAUAUGGCCUUUGUGUGUACAUGGUACACAAGUGACUUUCGUCCACAGUGAGUUUGGCCAACACUGUGGUGUAUCUUUUGCGUCCACGCUCACUUGGUGCUCGGUGCUACCUAAUGUUCAAAGCUGUAUCUAAUGCUUCUUACUGUUGUUAAGAUGUAUUGCUAACUUUGGUAUUUUCUGGCAGGGAAUAAAUAUAAGUCUCAUUAGUUGACUACUGUACCUGUAAUUCAGUAACCAAUAUAUGGGUAGUGAAUGUGGAGACGGUGGAAAAGUUUGAAGCAAAAUUAGAUAAAUACUGGAAAUAUCAAGAACAAGUAUAUAAUUAUAGGGCACAAAUAUCCGCCACACGCUGCCACUGUCUGAGUAUAGAAGAGGCUAUUGAGCUGGAGUCACAGGCGUGAGCCUCUUCCAGAAGAUCAUCUGUGAGUAUAUGUAUAGUUGCUUUUUUUUCUGUCAAUGUUGACCAGAUAUGACUUCGCUCUGUAUUGUGAGGGAGACGUCCACAGAUAGAGAGACACACGACCAUCCAGGUGUGCCCAGCCAACACCACUCUUAGUUAUGACAACAGAUGCUUAAAGCAUUGCCACUGCUGGUGAUGAAACAGGAUAAGCAGUAGAAUAUAUUUAAUACCAUCCAUAA